AUGGAUGGUCUCCUCUAUCGCUUACUCUUCUUCAUCGCCUUACCCUUCACCUUUAUCGCUCUCUCCUUCAUCACCAAACACAAAAAAACCGCAAACGCCCAUCUUCCUCCAAGCCCACCGGCAUUACCAAUAAUUGGGCAUCUCCAUUUGCUCAGUUUCUUAUGGCACCAAUCCUUUCAGAAACUAGCCCUCCAAUACGGGCCGUUUAUCUGGCUUAAAACCGGGGGGUCAUCGUCCUACAUCGUGUCUAAUGGCGCCAUAGCCAAACAAGUCUUCAAACACCAUGACAUCAGCUUUGCAGCCAGGCCUGAAUUUGGAUCCUCAGAGCAUCAGAUAUACAAAGACACCUUGUUUUCCACUCUGGACUACAGUAAAUACUGGAUUUUCUUGAAGAAAAUCUGCAUGGUGGAGAUUCUGUCGCCCCAGCAGAUCAAUAAGUUUGCUGAUGUGAGACAGGAAGAAAUGAUGAAGCUGCUGGAUUGUUUCCUGGAUUGUGCAGAAAAGGGGGAGUCUUGUGAUGUGGGGAUUCGGUUCAUGGCGAUGACGAAUAAUCUGGUUUGCAGGCUGAUGAUGAGCACUAGGUGUUGUACCAAUGAGAAUGAGAGUUCAGAGAUAAGAGAGAUUGCAAAGGGGAUAACAUUGCUUUCUGGACAGGUGAGUGCAGGUGAGAUCUUUGGCCCUUUGAAGAAAUAUGAUCUGCUUGGGGCUGGGAAGAAGAUCAAGGCAUUGCUGCUGAGAUUUGAUAGGUUUAUGGAUGGGAUUAUAGUGCAGCACGAGAACGAAAUGCGGGAUGGGAAGAAAGAAAAAAAGAAGGACAUGAUGGAUAUUCUGCUGGAAAUUGCAGAUGAUCCUAAUGCAGAAAUGAAGCUAACUAGAAAUGGCAUCAAAGGCCUUUUCUUGGAUCUUUUCUUGGGAGGAACCGAUACGACAAGUGUGGCACUGCAAUGGGCACUUGCAGAGCUUCUGAACCAUCCAAGAGCACUAAAGAAGCUGCAAGAAGAGAUAGACCGGGUUGUGGGGAUAAACAGACUAGUCGAGGAUUCAGACAUCCCGAACCUUCCAUAUCUCCAAGCCGUCGUCAAAGAAACACUGCGAUUGCAUCCAUCGCUCCCACUGGUUUUCAGAAAGUGCAGGGAGGAUUGCAUCAUAAAUGGCUACAAAAUCCCCAAGAACUCGAGGCUUGUGGUGAAUCUUUAUGCAGUCAACAGGAACCCCGAGGCCUGGGAGAACGCUGCAGAGUUUGUGCCCGAGAGAUACCUGGCGAACGCAACCGAGGAGAAUCUGUUGAUUCAGCCCGAAGAGCUGGAGGGUCUGCAGGGCCAAACUUUCAAUUAUGUGCCAUUUGGAGGUGGGAGGAGGGGCUGCCCUGGUGCUGCUCUUGCAGCAGCUGUGUUGCAUAGGACCCUCGGGGCGACAGUGCAGUGCUUCGAUUGGAAGAUCAAAGGUGCAGAAAGAGUUAACAUGGAAGAAGGGGUGGGAUUUUCUGCUGCCAUGCUUCAUCCCCUCAUCUGUUAUCCUGUCACGCGUGCUAAUCCACUGAAAAUCGCAUAGGAAAGUGACAUGCGGGCGUUUAUUUCAAUUCUCCGGUUUUGCUUUCCCCCCGUUUUUCAUUUCUCCAGUUAGUAAACGCUAA